UGUCAAAUAGUGAAACGUCAUUAUUUGGCAGAUUGAAGAUUUGUGUUUCUAACCACUUGUAAAUAGAUAAUAUUUUACGCUUCUGUUUGUAUAUUGUGCGCUAAGAAUUGUGAUUAAAGUGUUAAUACACGUCACCAUAUAUUUUGUACUAAUUAGAGUUUUACUAAAGAGGCUAGAGAAUAUCCACCAAAUCAAUGUUGUGUUUACAGAACAAAUGAAAGUGUUUCAAUAACAUUAAACUUGGAGAAGAACUGUUAAGCCUGCCAUAGCGAUGGCAUUACAGUUACGUCAAUUCUAUAUGGAGAUUCCUCCGGUGACGAGAUACUACACAACAGCCUGCGUUUUAACUACAUUAGCUGUGCAUUUGGAACUAGUAACUCCACUCCAGCUCUACUUUAAUCCCACAUCGAUAAUAGGUAAACUUCAGUUAUGGCGUUUAGCUACCACAUUCCUUUUUUUUGGCUCAGUGGGCAUGAGCUUUUUUUUCAAUAUGAUUUUCACCUACCGCUACUGCCGCAUGCUCGAGGAGGGCUCGUUUCGCGGUCGCAGCUCUGACUUUGUGAUGAUGUUUUUAUUUGGCGGUGUUCUUAUGGUUAUACUAGGACUGUUCGUUAAUUUAUUGUUCCUUGGUCAAGCAUUCACGUUAAUGCUCGUUUACGUGUGGUCGCGGCGAAAUCCAUUCGUACGCAUGAACUUCUUCGGAGUGCUUUAUUUUCAAGCGCCUUACUUGCCUUGGGUUUUGUUAUGUUGUUCAAUGAUCUUGGGUAGCACUGUUUGGGUGGAUAUAAUUGGCAUGGGUGUUGGACAUAUUUACUUUUUCCUAGAAGAUGUUUUUCCUUCACAAGUCAACGGCUAUAAAUUUAUAAAGACUCCACAUUUCUUAAAAGUACUUUUUAAUGAACAUAUUGACCGUGAUUAUCAACAGAUGCCUGAAGAUCGACCUGGUGGUUUUAAUUGGGGUGGGGAAGAUGCAGCUCAAAGACCAGCAGCCGCCCCAGCUGCUGGUGAUGGUGCUGAAGGUGUUGCUCCCGCUGAUAAUGAACAACGAGAUAAUGCUGCGCCGGAGCAACGACCAGCACAAAAUAGACAAAGACCGGAUGUGGAACUGUUUUAAGUAUACACUUUUUUUGUGAAAUUUUAUAUUACAUGCAAUAGUUGUGUUGGUAUUUUAUUAGAAUCGAUAAUAAAAGGUUUAUAAAAAUUUGUUAGGACAAUGUUAAAAGUGACAGAGCAGUUUUUUUGCCUAUUAAGCACUGCGUCCCGUCAUUUAAUUUAGGUUAAAAUGCCUGACUGUAUAUUAAUGUAAAAUAAAAAAAAAAAUAAUAAAUUAAAAUAAAAAUA